CAACAUUUCCUAAUCAAAAAUCUUGUCAAUUCUCACUACAUCAAUAUAAUCCUCAGCCAUACCACUACUCAUGCUGCUGACCCAGUUCACCUCACAGAGGUAUGUGCAAACACCACUUUUAGCCCCAAUAGCAUCUACCAAUCCAAUCUCAAUUCCCUCCUCUCUUCACUCUCCUCCAACGCCACACAAAACCUCGAAUUCUACAACACAACCAGCGGCCAAAACACUCCCAACCCCGUCUACGGCCUCUUCCUCUGUCGCGGCGAUGUAACCCCUCAACUCUGUCAAGAAUGUGUAGCUGCGGCAGUGAAAGAGGUAACCAAAAAGUGUUCAAGAGAGAAAGUCGCUGUGAUAUGGUACGAUGAGUGCAUGUUACGUUACUCAAACCGGUCUUUCUUCUCUACCGUGGACGAAAAACCAAGGUUCGCCCUAUUGAACACGCAGAAUAUCACUGAACAGGACAAGUUUAAUAAGUUACUAGCAAAGAGUAUGAACGAGACUGCAGCACAAGCAUCUAAUGCUCCUAUUGGUGCCAAAAAGUAUGGGACCAAGGAAGUGAAUAUCUCUGCUUUUCAAACACUGUACAACCUUGUACAGUGCACAGCGGACUUGUCCAGAAACGAUUGUAGUACUUGUCUUCAAGCUGCUAUAAAGCUUCUGCCAUGGUGUUGUAGUGGAAAGCAAGGGGGAAGAGUUAUUUUUCCUAGUUGCAGUGUUAGGUACGAAUUGUACCCUUUUUACCGGAUGGAAAUUGCGACACUCCCACCUACACCAAUUCACCCACCUUCAUAUACAGGAAAGAAAAAAAUCUCAACGGCAACAAUAAUCGCCAUAGUUGUUCCAAUUGUUGCUUUGGUUCUGGUCAUUCUGUCCUUCUGUUUCCUAACAAUGAGAGCAAGAAAGAAGUCCAAUGCAAUAAAGGGAGAGAAUUUUAAGAAAUCUGAUCAAAUCCUAAAUUAUCAAGCUGCAAGUGAAUUACCAACUGUAGACUCCUGCUUGCAAUUUGAUUUUGGGACAAUUGAAGCCGCCACCAACAAAUUCUCAGAUGACAACAAGAUUGGUGAAGGUGGAUUUGGUAAAGUUUACAAGGGUACACUUCCUAGCGGACAAGUUAUAGCUGUAAAGAGGUUAGGGAAAAGCUCUGGACAAGGAGUCGAACAAUUUAAGAAUGAGGUUGAACUACAAGCCAAGCUUCAGCACAAAAAUUUAGCAGGGGUUUUGGGAUUCUGCUUAAAAGGAGAAGAGAAGAUACUCAUCUAUGAAUUUGUGCCCAAUAGAAGCCUUGACAAUUUUAUAUAUGAUUUAAAAAAACAAGGACAAUUGGAUUGGGCAGCACGAUAUAAGAUUAUAGGAGGGAUUGCUCGAGGAAUUCAAUAUCUUCACAAAGAUUCUCAACUUAGAAUUAUACAUCGCGAUCUAAAAGCUAGUAGCAUAUUGUUAGAUGCUGAUAUGAAUCCAAAAAAUUUAGAUUUUGGUAUCGCGCGGAUUCUUGAAGUUGAUCAAACUCAAAAAAAUGCGAGUAGAAUUGUGGGGACAUAGUAAGUACCAAAUUGUUUUCUUCUAUCUUUCAUCAUUAGAAAUUAAUAGAUUUAUUCAAGUCCCAUUCCACCUAAUGAAUCACUGAAAUAAAAUAUUAAAAAAUUAAUAAAAAUGGUCAUUUUGAACAGCAUCUUCAUGAGGCUCCUAAUUGUCUU